GAAAAGUGACGCGGGUAUUAACAUAGGGGUGCUUUUUGUUUGUCAAUUUCGCUUAUAAACUUGGAGAAAAAAUGAAAAAUUUUCGACGCCCUAGAACAGGAGAGGAAUUUUAUGAGUCUUUCGAGGGAGCGCCUUUGAUUACAGCCGUACUUACGUAUCUAAGCUUUCUGAUAUUAAACAUCUUGGGGAGGCUUCAAGAUUUCCUGAGGUUUAUUCAUGUAUUAGAAAAUCAUUCAGUAACAGAAGUAUCGCAAACUAAAUCGUUCGUCCCGCUUUACUCGUCUUAUGAGGCUUUUUAUACACGCAAUUUGUACCGAAGGGCACAAGACUGUUGGAGUAGACCUAUUUGUUCUGCUCCAGGUAGUGAAAUUGUAGUGAUGGAUCGUAAAUCACCAGACUAUGGAUGGACGUUGAAUUUUACAGGAACAAAAUCAAAGGUUUUAAACUUGGGAUCAUAUAAUUAUUUGGGAUUUGGAGAUCCUACGGGACCUUGUACUAAUAAUACGGAAAAAGCCACAAAAAAGUUUGGUGUAGGUGUAGCGAGUUCUAGACAAGAGGCCGGAAGCCUAAUAUUACACAAAGAACUCGAAGAUUUGGUUGCUGAAUUUGUUGGACAAGAAGCAGCUAUAGUUUUCAGUAUGGGGUUCUCAACCAAUUCACUAAAUUUGCCAUGUCUAGUUGAUAAAGAUUGCUGUGUAGUCAGUGAUGAAUUAAACCAUACAAGUCUAGUCUUGGGAUGCCGAUUGUCGGGAGCAACUAUACGUCGUUUUAAACAUAAUGAUAUGGAAGAUUUGGAAAAAGUCCUGCAAGAUUCUGUUGUUUAUGGUCGUCCACGUACCCACAGACCAUAUAAAAAGAUCUUGAUUGUGGUUGAAGGUAUAUACAGUAUGGAAGGAAGUAUUCUUCAUCUUCCCGAAGUAAUCGCUUUAAAGAAGAAAUAUAAUGCUUAUCUUUAUUUGGAUGAAGCACAUAGUAUUGGUGCAUUAGGUCAAAUGGGUCGUGGUGUAGCUGAUUACUUUGGUGUUGAUCCACGUGAUAUUGAUAUUUCAAUGGGUACAUUUACGAAGAGUUUCGGUUCAUGUGGUGGAUACAUAGCUGGAAAUCGCAAGUUAAUUGACUAUCUUCGUUCGAUGUCAUAUAAUGUUGUAUAUGGUUGUAGUAUGUCAGCCCCAAUAGCUCAACAAAUUAUAUCAUCCAUACGAAUUAUCAUGGGAAAAGAUACACCUGGUGAAGGUGAACGAAGACUUAAAUGUUUAGCUGAGAAUAUACGUUAUUUUCGUGCAAGAUUACAUGAAAUGCGCUUAAUUGUUUAUGGGAAUCGUGAUAGCCCUGUUGUACCAGUUAUCAUUUGUAUGCCAGCUAAACUAGUUACCUUUUCGCGUAGAUGUUUAGAAUUAGGAUUAGGAACUGUAGUCGUUGGUUUUCCAGCUACAACUCUGCUUUUAUCCAGGGUACGAUUUUGCAUUUCAUCAGCACAUACACGAGAGUUAUUAGACAGGGCAUUAAACAUAAUUGAACAAGUUGCUGAAGAAUUAGGAAUUUGUUAUAGUAAGCAACCGAUUCCAGAAUGGGCUAAAGAAGUUUUAUACAAAGAUAAAAGUCAUGGUUAUACGAAUGGUUUCUUAAAAAAUAUUGAACCAUCAGUAAACAAACUACUUAAGAAGUCAGCUCUUACGGAUUCUGUAAGUAAUUCAAUCAGUCUGAGAAAACGCUGUUUAAAAAGAGAUACCAACGAAAAAUGUGGAAUUAACACACACUUUUAGCUAUGUAAGUUUUUUGAAGUGUUACUUUGUUAAUUAUUUUCUUGCUCAAAUCUUUUUAAUAUAUUCGUUCUACUUAUAUAUCGCAAGAUCACUUCAUUUGAGAUAUAUUACUGUUUCUAUGGAACACAUUAUUUCAAUUGGAAAUUAUAACAAUAAUUACAAUCUAAAUCUUUGACGAAUAAUUUAUUUUUGAAAUUCUCUGUUUUUUCUUGUCAAGUUAUUCUUGUUAUUCUGUAUCCACUGUUAAUCUUUUCUCAAUUCGAUCACUAAGAUCUCGAUGAAUUGUUGUUUGAAAUUCUUUACUGUAUACGCUACUUACUUGAUUACCUACUCCUGUUUCCCCUCAUACAACAUAUGGUGCCGACUAAGAUUACCCAUUCAACUCUAGCCGGAGCUAUCGUUCAUAGUUGUUUUCAAAUGCUACUCAUUCUUUUGAUGUCGCCCUUCAAAACCCAGUUCAAUGUAAUCUUUUGUAUGCUACCUUUACUUUUGCCUUGAGGAUUCCACGUAAGGGUUUGCCUCGGAUGCAGUUUGAUGAUUUCUGCAAAUUUGAUUGGGUUGGUGCUUUCUGUGUUUUAUUUCAGGAACUUGCUUAUUCCCUUGUGUAUGCUAAGGCCUUCAGAGCCUGUUAUUACAUUAGCUGUUUCCACCUUCAUUUGUUGGUGUGUAUGGCAUAGAAGAGCUACGUCAUCUGUAACUUUGUGUAUUCACUUGUGGGGAAUAUGAUGCCACAUAUAAACGUUUUGUCGAAUGCAAAUAAAUUUGCAAAUCUCUCACAAUUCCCGUUCCUUUCUCCCAGUCAGUCCAUGUCGUCCCAUGAUAUCUUCAUAUCCAGUGUUGCCCAUUCAGACUUUGGUGUUUAAGUCUACCAUCAAGAUGGUCAGGUUCUUUUCUAAUCACUUCACUACGACCGAUUGCAGCCCCUCAUAAAACUGAACUUAAUCUUCGUCAUUGCUAUUAUUGGUUGGCGCAUAACACUGGAUAACAUUCAUUGCGAUUCCCUCCUUCUAUAUUUUGACCGGUGCUUUAAUGAUUCUGGAUCCAUGAAAUUCCUAUCCUAUGAAUGUUUUACGUGCUUCAUUGAAAAACAUCAGGGCAACUCCCUGAGUGCAUUUUCACCCUCGUGAUUAGAGUAAAACAUCAUCUCUCCCGAAUCUAUCCUUUUCUGUUCAGCUUGGAUCCAAUGGGUUUCACUGAUUUUGAGUACUGUCAAGUUGUAUCUCCACAUUUAUGUUGCUAAUUGAGUAAUCCUCUCGGUCUCCCACAUUGUCCAGACAUUUUACUUACCUAUAUUAAUCAUUACACUUGUUGUUAAGUCAAUUUAAAAACAAGAGUCCAGAUGAGUAAUCACCUUGUUCUGCCAAUGUACCUACAUUAAUUGUUGGUCUGGCUGUUACAGGGGGCAUGGGCCCCGUGACUUCCAAAAAAUCUCAGCUUUCGCAAUGAGGCAUCGUAACUCUUUUUUAAAGUCGGAGGACAGAGUUUAAAUUAUUUAUUUUGGUUAGCGACUUUUGUAUCAAAAUUGUUUUCUAUGAGGUAGGGUUGCUAACCGUAUGCCUAACCCUCCUUUAUCUUGGCUUGGGAUCGGCAGCAAUCGUGAAAGAGCUUUAGACAAGAUUUUCUGUUUACGUUAAUCAAUAGUUAUUAUUUAUUCGUCUUUAAGAUUAUUGGGUUCAGAAGCUGAACGACUGGAUCUAUGAAAACGUUUGCAACUUUUAGUUAUUUUCAAGUAUAGAAACAAUUCAUAUCUUUGCAUGUUAAACAAUUUCCGAUUGUUGCGUUGUGAAUAUCUGGUCUUGAUCUUAAAUCGAUGUUCGUUAAACAGUCAAUAAUAAUCAGAUAUAAUCUUUUACAUAUUAUUUUAAAAUUUAUUAUUAGUGAUAUCAGUUGGGUUUGAAUUAUGGAUGUAUUGUGUUGUGUGAAACCACACUUCCUGAAUGAUAAAGCUACUCAAUUACACUCUUAUUGUCUCAUUUAUCCUAUUCGGACUUGCGUUAUUUUAAUUCGGUUGUUUAUUUAUUUUGAAGAAGUGUCUUACAUUAAGUCACGAAACAUCAGAAAUACAAUUUUUUUACUCAUUGGGAUGUAACAAAAAUAUAUUUAUUACUAACUCUUAUUGUUGAUUUCAACUCGUACUCGAAAAUUCUUGAUACAAACUUAUAAUGGGGCUCAAAUGAGUAAGAUUAUGUAUACAGUUAACAAUUAUGUUGUUAUAUUUA